CUCGCAGGAGGGGCCUUCGAGUCCUCACCGCGCAAGUCCAACGGCUCCGACCCAGUCAAGGUUGGGGUACCUCUAUUCGGCAGCUCCCUCCAUGGGCGCCUCUGGAUCGGACUCGCGAACCUGAAGCAGAGCAGAGAGAUCGACACAGAGUCGCGGGCCACACGUACCUCCGCGGAUCUGUCGACAACAGAUUGUGGAUCUGUGGUGGGAGCUUUAGAGGAUCUUCCGCAACGCAGCUGUGACGGUGGCACCCAAGCUGCAGCCUCAAAGAUCCAGUGUCAAUGUUCGAGACCGUGCCGCUUCCGCCACAAAUGCCGACGUGCUGACUGCGACUUCUGCCACCUGCACCACGCGGCGCCGACGUCGUUCGCAAUAGCCCGCAAGGCUCGACAGGAUCUCUCCCUCGACAUGAAGACGGAUCCCAUGCACGACCUGAUCGACUCGACCCUUCGGUGGUGGAACAAAGGCAACCACAAGAGGAGGAAGCAGGCGCUGAGGCUGCGGAGCCUGUGCUUCCGGCGGCUGCAGGUGCUCCGGGCCGCCGAGCUGGCGCGGGAGGCCGGCGCUGCGGCGGGCGUGGAGGAGCUCCGCCAGGCUCUGGCGGCCGUGCGGGCCGAGCACGAGCGACUGCGGGACGCCCUCCCUCGCUCUCUGGAGGGGCUCUACGCGGUCUGCGGCAGCACCGCGCCUGACGUGGUGGAGGUGCCCGAGCGGAGUAUGUAGCCUUUCCAGGUCUCCAGAGCGAGAUUGAGGCCCGCUGCGCCUCUCCUCUGGACCACUCACUCCUGCUCGGCGCCGCAGCAGCGCAGCCGCACGCCGGCGUGGCACGCGCCCGGCGCUGAAGCGGGGGCGCGUUGUUUUUCGGCGUGGCAGGCCUGGCGGGUCAGGGGACGCACGCUAAUCAAGGGGGGCAGCGGCUGCUCGGAGGCAGUGGCCGCCGGGAGGCAGUUUGGCCUCCGGCAUGGCCUGCGCCGUGGCAGUCCGCGCGCGUCGCGGUCGUCCGCCCGGCCGCCGCGCACGGCGGAGGCCGCGGCUGCCGGGGAGCAGGGGCCGCCAGAGGCGGCUUGGUCUUCGGCGUGGCCUGCCCCGCGCUGGCCAGAGGCAACCCAGACCUCCUCGCGUUGUGAAA